ACCAAAUAAAUCCAAUCAAAAUCAAAACAUUAAUUUUUUCAUGCUAAAACACCAUUUGGGUUGUUGAGGAAAACCAGUUACGCUAUCAGUUUACACUUCUCCUUUUUUUUCCCUCCCACAAUCAAAGAGAAUUUGCUGGUCUCUCUGAAACCAAAUGGUGAAGGAAAUGAGGUCUGUUGUGAACCCAUUUUCACCCCCUAAACACAAUAAUGUCAUCAUAAAGUUCGCAGUCUCAUUUCUCUUGGUUGGUCUUGCUUUCCAUUUAUUAAUCUCUGAUUCAUUCAGAUUCUCUUCAGUUGUUGAGACACCAGUACCAGCUAAUGAAGAGACUGAACCAGAGUCUUUAGUGGCUUCUUUGCCUGCUGAAGAGCCAGUAUCUAAUGAUUUCGCAGCUAAUGAAAGCCAAACUUCACAGCCAGGAAAGUGCGAUUUGUUUGUUGGAGAUUGGAUACCUGACCCUUCGGGUCCGUUUUACACAAAUCAGAGUUGCCUUCAAAUUGAAGGUCAUCAAAACUGCAUGAAAAAUGGAAGACCUGAUUCAGGGUACCUCCACUGGAGGUGGAAUCCACGGGGCUGCAGUCUCCCCAGGUUUAAUCCUAAGAAAUUUCUUCGCCUGAUGAGGAAUAAAUCAUGGGCCUUUAUUGGUGAUUCUAUUUCUCGUAACCAUGUCCAGUCAUUGCUUUGCACUCUCUCUCAGGUGGAACAAGCUGUUCAGGUCUACCACGAUGAGGAAUACAGGUCGAAAAUAUGGCGCUUUCCAUCUCACAACUUCACACUUUCAGUAAUUUGGACCCCGUUCCUUAUCAAAGCAGAUAUUUUUGAAGACAUGAAUGGAGUUUCCUCUUCAGAAAUCCAGCUUCAUCUAGAUAAACUUGAUAAAAAAUGGACCGAUCAAUAUAGGAAUCUUGAUUAUGCAAUAAUUGCUGGAGGGAAAUGGUUCCUGAAAACUGCCAUAUACCAUGAGAACAAUGUGGUUACAGGCUGCCAUUACUGCCCUGGAAAGAAUUUGACUGAGCUAGGGUUUGAUUAUGCAUAUCGCAAAGCAAUGCAGCUGAUUUUUAACUUCAUUACAAACUCUGGUCAAAGAGCUCUUGCUUUCUUUCGAACGACUACGCCAGACCACUUCGAGAAUGGAGAAUGGUUUAGUGGGGGCACUUGCAAUAGAAAGGUACCCUUCAAAGAAGAUGAGGUUAAUAUGACCGAUGUAGACACAAUAAUGCAUAAUAUUGAACUGGAAGAAUUCGAGAAGGCUACAGCAUUAGGGCCUGAAAAGGAGGUGGCUUUGAAACUUCUGGAUACGACUCGAUUAUCAUUGUUGAGACCAGAUGGGCACCCAGGACCAUACAGGCAGUUCCAGCCAUUUGCAGAAGAUAAGAAUGCUAAAGUUCAGAAUGAUUGCUUACACUGGUGCUUGCCAGGGCCAAUAGACUCUUGGAAUGAUUUGGUGAUGGAGAUGAUAGUCAAUGGUGGAAUAUAUCAAUGAUAGAUGUUUGCUAGGCUCAGCUAUUCCAUGAUUUUUCUUUAUAAGCUUCGCUGAAUAAGAUUUCGAUGAUUGAAUGAAGUGGGAAUCGGUAUUGGAUAAAAAUAAACAGCUGAUUUUCCUUGGGUUGUGCCUACCUUACUGGGGAUGCCAUUACCCUGCCUUUGUACACCUGUUGGGUUGGCUUUUGUAAAUCAAGAACCUAUUCUGUCAUACACUUUGAAUUUACAGUCGUUCUUUCGUAGAAAACCUACACUGUUCUUUGUUUUGGGUCCAACAGGACCAGCACAGCUUUUCAGUUGUAAUCAUAUGCACCCUCAAAAUAUAAUAAUAAUAUUAACAUAUAGCACAUUUGCCAU